GUUCUCUUAGACGUCUUACUUAGUUGCAAACAUGAACUCCAUGCUCGUUGCUGUCCUCGCCCUCGCGGCGUUCGGUGCUGCCUCGGCGCAGACGACAACCGCUGCCAUCGACCAGAACUCGUGGAGCUUCAUGCUUAACCGCGAUGCCAGUUGCGCAACUAGGUACCAGACGCUAGUUGAGGACCCCUUCUACGCGAACGACCUGAUUUGCAAGACGCAAGUCAAGCGGGCGCUGGAGACCUAUGUGAAGACCGAUUGCCCCUCGACCACCGCUCCUAGCAGCACUGUUUGGAGGUGCAUGAGCGGAUACAAUGCCACCUCGGGCCAGGUCGACCAGAACCGCAUUGAUGCGUGGACGACUUUCCUGAAGGGUUGCGAGGUCCUGUACAUCGCCCAGCGUGUGAACACCGCCGAGAGCGAGGACGGCUUCCAGUGGCGCGACAACUCGUGCUUCGGCCGCUUCAAGUCCAUGGACGAGUUCGUGGCUUACCUGAAGAACACCCAGGGGGGCGACGGCGGCUCGGCGGGCAGCGUGUUCGUCAGCGCCCUCAACGUCGUCCUGGCCUUGGCCCUGGCGCUGUUCCUGCUGCGCUAAGCCGGUUGCGCUAAAUAGCGAAUGGUGGAUAGCAGCGGCGACCAUGGCCGCAGCUAGGGUGCGGAAAGGCGCCAGGGGCGUUUGCCGGCGGUCCAACUGUGUGGCGCCGGCAGGGGGUAGAUGGUGCGGGGCGUGAUCACAGGUCGCACGAGUGGCGGUUUACCUGUCAGCUACCUGCGACUAUGACCAAUAAGCUCCCCACAAUGUUUGGGUUUAGCAGUGGGGGUUUCCGGACGAACGGACUCGUUCCAGUUCCUUCAACGUGAGCUGUUGGGCUUGGUGGUGGACUGGUGGGACGUGCGGAAAAUUGCGAGUAGCGCCAACCUGGUGUGCACGUGUGUUUGUAUGUUUGGGACGGGCACAUUGCUUUGGGUGGGUUCAUAGGUAGAAGGGAAUCGGGACAGGCAUGACGCCAACGCUCGUGCGUAUGUGUGUAGGCAGGGUAGCGGGGGAGGGUGCGCGUGCAGGUGUGGCUCGUCAUGUGACGUGUGAUUGCGCGGCAUCUUCAGGGGGGGCCAGACGUCAGAGCCAAGCAUAAUGGGGCCGCAUGGCCUCUCACGGAGGCACAGCAAGACAGCUUGCUGGUGCCGGCGGUGGUGUCAGUGGCGGUGGUGAUGAGUCGUGACGUGAUACGGGUUUGUGGGACGAGGAUGCGGACGGGUGGCUGAUACGGAAAACACAGGAAACCUCCAUGUGCGUGACUGAGUGGAAGAGCUGCCGGAGAGGCCGGGGGGUACCCCAUUGCACAAUAUGCGCACGUAAGCCAUGUGUAAGCACCAGUGUGA